CCACCGGCCCCCCAUGGACGCCCCCGGCACGGGGCGCUGAGACCCCCGCGCCGCUGCCCAGCCCGGUCCAGCGCGCCACGCCGAGGGAUCCGCAGACAGGACGAGACUCUGAAGUUACUCUCCCAGCACCUACCCCCAGGACCACCCCCCCCAAGGACCCAGCUUGCCCUCAACCCUCCCACCUGCCACUCCCUGGCCCCUCCCACCGCCCGCCCCCCUUGGGGUGCAGGGCAUGGUGUGAAAGGCCAAGUGCUGAGUGGGUACCAUGGGUGCUGUGCCCUAGGGCCUGGGUGGCGGGGGGUGGGCGGCCUGUGGGCGUGUUGGGGGGGCCAGCGUGCCCACCCCAGUCUCUUGGCGUGCUGGAGGGCAUCCUGGAUGGAAUUGAAGUGAAUGGAACAGAAGCCAAGCAAGGUGGAGUGUGGGUCAGACCCAGAGGAGAACAGUGCCAGGUCACCAGAUGGAAAGCGAAAAAGAAAGAACGGCCAAUGUUCCCUGAAAACCAGCAUGUCAGGGUAUAUCCCUAGCUACCUGGACAAAGACGAGCAGUGUGUCGUGUGUGGGGACAAGGCAACCGGCUACCACUACCGCUGUAUCACUUGUGAGGGCUGCAAGGGCUUCUUUCGCCGCACAAUCCAGAAGAAUCUCCAUCCCACCUAUUCCUGCAAAUAUGACAGCUGCUGCGUCAUCGACAAGAUCACGCGCAAUCAAUGCCAGCUGUGCCGCUUCAAGAAGUGCAUCGCCGUGGGCAUGGCCAUGGACUUGGUUCUAGAUGACUCGAAGCGGGUGGCCAAGCGCAAGCUGAUAGAGCAGAACCGGGAGCGGCGGCGGAAGGAGGAGAUGAUCCGAUCCCUGCAGCAGCGACCAGAGCCCACGCCUGAAGAGUGGGAUCUGAUCCACGUCGCCACGGAGGCCCAUCGCAGCACCAACGCCCAGGGCAGCCACUGGAAGCAGAGGCGGAAAUUCCUGCCAGAUGACAUUGGCCAGUCACCCAUCGUCUCAAUGCCAGACGGGGACAAGGUGGACCUAGAGGCCUUCAGCGAGUUUACCAAGAUCAUCACCCCGGCCAUCACCCGUGUGGUGGACUUUGCCAAAAAACUGCCCAUGUUCUCCGAGCUGCCUUGCGAAGACCAGAUCAUCCUCCUGAAGGGGUGCUGCAUGGAGAUCAUGUCCCUGCGGGCGGCCGUCCGCUAUGACCCCGAGAGCGACACCCUGACACUGAGUGGGGAGAUGGCUGUCAAGCGGGAGCAGCUCAAGAACGGUGGCCUGGGUGUCGUCUCCGACGCCAUCUUCGAACUGGGCAAGUCACUGUCUGCCUUUAACCUGGACGACACGGAAGUGGCUCUGCUGCAGGCUGUGCUGCUAAUGUCAACAGACCGCUCGGGCCUGCUGUGCGUGGACAAGAUCGAGAAGAGUCAGGAGGCGUACCUGCUGGCGUUCGAGCACUACGUGAACCACCGCAAACACAACAUUCCGCACUUCUGGCCCAAGCUGCUCAUGAAGGUGACUGACCUCCGCAUGAUCGGGGCCUGCCACGCCAGCCGCUUCCUCCACAUGAAAGUCGAGUGCCCCACCGAACUCUUUCCCCCACUCUUCCUCGAGGUCUUUGAGGAUCAGGAAGUCUAAAAGCCUCAGGCGGCCAGAGGGUGUGCCGGAGCUGGGGGGAGGAGCCUGGAGAGAAGGGGCGGGGCUGGGGCUGAGGGAGACCCCACCCCCACACCCCGCUUCUCUCCUUCCCGCUCUCCCUCGGAUAGAUUCCGCUCCCAUACACACACCCCACACUGCCCAGGUCCCCCCUCAGAACCUCCAGCCCUGGGACAGGGCAACAAAUGAACUUGCUAUGAAAAGGACAGUGUGGGAGGUGGGGGGGGACCCAGUCCGCUGAGAAGCCAGGGGAAGGGAGAAAGAAACAGAGCGGACAAGCCAUCUUGACUGUAGGGAGAGGAGGAAGGUGGGAGGGGACAGAUGCCCUCAACUCUCCCCCUGCACGAAAGAGAGAGAGACAGAGAGAGAGACAGAGAGAGAGGGACACCCUGCCCAGUCCCUUGGCCGAGGUGUCCCCUCCAAGCUAAGGCCUCCUGCUCCCCCAGAUGCCUGGGCUCAGAGGACGACUUGGCUCGGCGCCUCCCCUGGGGGUUAAAUGUUAUAGUCAUUCUAACUGCACUUUGGAAACAAGCAAGGGGAGAAGAUAGAUGAAGAAAAACUAGACCGACAAAAAGACAAAAAAAGAGCGAGAGAGAGAGCGAGAGCGAGCGAGCGAGAGCGAGCGAGAGAGAUGAUAUUAAGUUAUUAACUAAGGCUGGCCAGAGGGGAAGGACCCCCCUUACCACCCCAUGCACUUUGACAGCUGCCCUUCCUCCUCCUCGAAUCAAAGAGAGUCCCUCUCCCAGCAGACCGCACCGGGAGGGCUGCCCGUCAGAGCUGUGAGCUGACACGACAGGGUCCUGGCCACCCCCUGCCUUGCCCCUCCCCCUGUGCCCCUUUGGCACCCCCAGCCCAGUUCUUCCUCCGCUCUCUGCCACUCGUGCCCGCUGAGUUCCAUCUACCUCUCACGCUGGAUGCCAGUUGGCCCCUCACCUCCUGUCCUGCUGCCCGCACAGCUCCCCAUUCAAGUGCCCAGCCCCAGGGGUCUGUCCCUGUCCCCCGCCCCUCACACACACACGUGCACACACACACACACGCACACCUAGGCACCCACACGGGAAAAGCUGUGGCUGCGGCUUCCGCCCUCCUCAUGUCCUGCAGUAUUAGCUAUGGUCCAGAUGCUGCUGCCCGGGGUGGGAGCUGUGCGUGAGCAUCUCCCUGAGUCCCCGCAGCUGGGGGCGGGGCCUCCCUUGCCCUGUUUCCUGGUCUGUCUUCUGGGCUCUCUCUAAUCUCUGCCCUCCUCCCUCCCUGCUCCUACACAAUGCACUCAUCCUGACUUUGGGUGGGCAGGCACCAGAAUGGGGUGUCUGGAUCAGUGGCACUACAUUGGGGCCCUGGGAGAAGGGUGGUUGGUGCUCCUCCUUUUUUCCCUUUGAUGCUCUUCAGACCAGCCCCGCUCUGCCCCUGGGCCCCCUUCCCCUCUUCUUUUCUCGAAUUCAGGGACUUUGGCUUGAGCCCCUCCCAGCCUCCUGGUGAGGAGUGCUCUGUUGGUCUGCACUUGGGGCAGCUGCCCUCCUCCUCAUCCGCCUCCUCCCUUUGGCUAUGGUAGCUCCUCAGGGGAGAGAGAGGGAGGGAGGGAAGAAGGAGAGGAGUGGGGAGGGACAGCGCAGACCAGAGGGCCCUGGGCUCAGGGCUGCACGUCGGCAGGGAUGGAUGGGUGGACAUAGAUGCCCCCGGAAG